AUGGGAAACUGCUUGAAAAAAGAUUACGACAAUCAAUGGGGUGGCGAUUACUGGGGAUCACCAGCAACAUCGCCAGAAGAAGCGCUACUUUCAUGCGAACCUCGCAGUAAAGGUGAAAAGAAGUUGGUGGCCGGAGACGGAGAUGGAGAUUCCGAUGACCUUUUUUCUUCUUCCGGCGGUAAAAGAAAAAGACGGACGACGGAGGUGAAAAUUAAGAUAACGAAGAAACAAUUGGAGGAGUUAUUGGGUAUGCAGGAGAUGCAAGGGCUGACGUUACAACAGGUGUUGACUCAGUUGAUGAACAGCAGUAGUAAUAUUAAUGGAGGAUUUGAAUCAAAUCAACGGCCUUGGAGACCUGCGCUUCAUAGCAUACCAGAGUAA